CGCGAAAUGUUUAAGCUCGUGUGCCUUUUAAUUAUUUGUUCUACGACAGCAACACGUGCAGAACCAGAGUGUUCUAGGUUUCACUAUGAAGAGAAAACGCUCGAGAAAAUGGUGCGCCUCGAAUUCCUCAUGGAGCAAUUUAAAAAUGAGAUGGGUAACUUCAGAAAAGAGAAAGAGGAUACUUUUACUGAGAUCAAGAAAGACGUUGCUAAUGAUAUGAAAAAAGUAAGGGAUUCGGUUGAGGCUGACAAAGCAACACUUGCAAGAACACUGUCAGAUCUGGAGAUUGUAAAUAACAACUUGACAGCGCAAGCUUCUAAAGCUAUAGAGCAUCUUCAAGUUGUCAAAAAGAGGGUAUCCUUCAGCGCAAAAACAGUCGAAAGCAAAUCUUCGUCCAAUGGUUGUGCCAUCAUUUUCUCUGAAACGGUUCAAGAUACCGAUGGUGCAUACAAUAACAAAAGCGGCAAAUUUGUCGCUCCCGUACCUGGCUUCUACUUGUUUACAACUCAUCUGUGUAGUAUAGCUGGAAAUGUUAUACGUUUUGCAAUAAGACGUAAUGAGGAUGUUGUUGCAAGAUCGUCCGUUUAUAAUGCGCAUAACUGCAAUACGCUAGAAGCACAUAUAAACGUUAAAACGGGGCAUGAAGUAUACGUAACUUAUGAGAUAGGCGGUCAUUUGAUAUUGUCAGACGAUAACACACGUUGGAAUACAUUUGCUGGGCGACUUGUCUAUAACUUGCCAUAAAAAUACCACAUGUAUUUCUAGUCGGGACAUAUCGCUAACAUCUAGACAAAAAAGUGAUGUGCAAUGUAUCGUUGGACUGAUUCAUCCUAAAAUGCACGUGUAUUUCUAGUAAGGACAAGUCGAACAAUUUAACGAGGUGUUAUAUGUACCUUUAGACUGAUUCAUUUUGAGACUUUAUGCUUUAUAACGUUGUUUGAUUGGCUGAAUAAGUCAGAUUGUCUGAUGAAGAUAUUGGAUAUAGAAAGUUUGAAUGUUAAAAUCCUGUAGCGAAAUGUUGACGUGUCUUGAUCUAUGUUUGUGUAGCAAAUAUAUGUCGUGUUUUUAUUUUUAAUAAUGUUUUUUUUGGUUGUUCCCAGUUUUAGUACAAUGAUGCUUUUCAUUAUGAAACUCUAUAAUCACACAGUUUUAAACAUUUUUUGCUAAGGCAGACUGUGUAUAAUGUUCAUAGUUUCAAACAAUAACUGCAUCGUAUCUUUGAACAAAAAUCCCAAGGCGGUUCCUAACAGUCCUUGAUAAACAAACCUAGUGUUUUAUAUAGUAUAUAUUUACUGUGUUGUUUGUGGAGUUUUGUGCAGUUCCAUGUUUCUUGUUUGUUUCUGUGUUCUAUGUCUUUGGCGUUUACCCUGCGCCAUAAAACGGGGUUUAUGUUUCAACUUUUAGCUACUAAGCUUGUUUCUGUAGUUUUUAUAUAUAUAUAUUGUUAACAGUUAUUGGUGUUUUUUACAUGUAAAUGAUAUCAAAACUGAUGAUUGUAUAGUAAUGGCAAUGUCAAACUGUCAUAUAUUUGAAUAUUUACAUCCGUACUUGAUUUUCUGAACGAUAAAAAUUAAGUUCAUUUUGCAUGAACCGGUCGACCUUUCGUGACCUUUGUAGGCGUAGUUUGGCAACAAAGCAACGCUCUGAUUGGGCGUAGUGAUCUUACUACGAUCUACUUUAUUGUUAAAUAUAGCAUGGCACAUGUUCUGAUGAAUGCCGGCUUGUUUACAUGUUUCUUUUGAUGUUUUACGAAGAAUGUAAAUGAAAGACAUUAUUUUCUAGAAAUAUCAUUUGGAAAUGCUUUAUUUUGCAUUUGAUAACCAAAGAACACCCAUUGAACAAAUAAUAAAGACAAAAUAAAAACGUCUUAAAAUUGACAAUUCGAGAAGACUAGCACAUCACAACACUUCAAUAUCUUUGGGAAUGUUAAAAGACAACAAAAAAAAUGAAAUUAUGACGCUAUAAUUACCUUGAACUGGAAAUUAUCCAUGAAAUCACCAUGAUCACAUUUUUUAUGCCCACUCACAUGGGUCAUGCAUAUGUAAAACAUGAGUUUAAAUGUAUCGAAAGUUCUCUUGAUUAAAAUGAACAUAUUACA